UGUCUAUGAUGUAUCCACACUUUAGUUCCUCUAGGAAGCGUACAGUGUCGUCUGAUUAAAAACUGGUUAUUUCACUCAGAAAGUUGUAUUCGCGUUCGAAGAUAAUUGACACGUUUUUGAAAGGCAUAAACAAGCUCAGACCUGUGUGCUCUGACACACACUAACAUAAUGCACAUGUAAGAAUCACUGUCAGGCGGACUGUGUUCUUCUGUACUGCUGCUUCUUCUGUUGCUCCAGUCAUCACAGAAGGUAGAUAUGGCUCAGGAUUUCCUCCCAGGCAUGGAGAACUCUGCUAUCUCUGUCUUGAAGAGAGCUGUGGAGCUUGAUCAAAGCUCACGCUUUCAGGAAUCUCUGGUGUGCUACCAGGAAGGGAUCCAGCUCCUGCUGGAUGUACUGAAAGCUGUUAAAGAUGAUUCAAAGAAGGUCCACUACAGAGAGAAGAUCAAGGGCUACAUGGACCGAGCAGAACAGAUCAAAGACCAUGUGAACAAAUUGAAAGAAGAGGGUAAAUACCAUGAGCAGAUAAGGAUAGCUGACAGCUCCACUGGUUUCAGCUACGAAUCCCUCUUUAAACCGUACAUCAGAGACGGACUGACUGAAGUCUGGGUGGAGGACCCCUAUGUACGGCACGUCCAUCAGUUGUAUAAUUUUCUUCGUUUCUGUGAAAUGCUGCUGAAAUGUCCAUGUAAAGUAAAGACGAUUCACCUUCUGACCUCACAGGAUGAGGACAGCUCCACUCAACAAACCAAUGCCCUGGCAGAAAUAAAACAGUCACUACAGAGUCAAAAUAUCUGUCUGGACAUUCAGUACUCCUCUACUAUUCAUGACAGGGAGAUCAGGUUUAAUAAUGGUUGGAUAAUUAAGAUCGGCAGGGGACUCGAUUAUUUUAAAAAACCAAAGGGGCGCUUCUCUCUAGGAUACUGUGAUUAUGAUUUGAGAGAGUGUCAUGAGACCACCGUGGAUGUUUUUCACACAAAACACACUAAGAAGACCUCUUAAAAAGCUUGCCUCAAAAGCUUCUCCACUGUCUGGCAUGUUUAUGGGACUUAAUUUCAUAUGCAGUCCUCACAUACCUACCUGGACGACCGGAAAUGUGCCUUUUGGUCCCAUUUGGAGCUUUUUAAUUAUGCGAAAGAACUAAUUUUAUUGUCUUUUUUUAUAACGUGCUGAUAUGAAUUGCCAGGGAAUAUGCGGAGGCUCCUGAGACCAACUACUCUCGGUUCAUUGCUUCAAUUCUGCCGUUUUUAUACAUUCUGCACACUGAUAUUGGUGUUUAUUAUCUGGUCUGCCUCUGUAAUUAUGGUAUUGUAGUGCCGUUGUAAAUAAGUUAAUAGUGUGUAAAAUAUGUUCAUGCCCUUAAUUAAAAUGUUUUGUUAAAGGCUGUUGUUUUACUAUGCUGAUUUCGAUUAAAUAUAUAUUCUGUACAACA